AUGGCUUCAGUCUUCCGUUCGCUCCGCGCCCUCCCUCUCGCACGGCUCGCCGCUGCUCCCCGUCCAGCAGCGUUCGCGCCAGUCAAGGCGUUCUCUACAUCUGUGGCUCGCUCGGCAGGUGCCGGUCCCCCUCAGCUUCUCGGUCCUGGUGCCAAGGCUGGCACUAUCCCAUCCGAUGAAGAGCAGGCGACCGGUCUCGAGCGAUUCGAGCUCCUCGGUAAACUCGAAGGCGUGGAUGUAUUCGACAUGAAGGCUAUUGAGAUGACCCGUCUGGGCACGCUGGAAGAGCCGGUUCAGAUCUACUCUUUGUACCCCGAGCGUCAAGUCGGCUGCACUGGUUUCCCCGCCGACUCGCACGACACCAUCUGGAUGACCGUCAACCACUCGAUGAAGCACCACCGCUGCCAGGAGUGCGGAUGUGUCUACGCUCUCAACUUCCAAGGCGACCCACAUCUCCUCGAGGGCGGGCACGAGCACCACCACUAG